CUGGGAGUGCUACCCUCUGGAUCCAGCUGCAUGGCAUAAGCCUCGCUCUCCUCAGCAUCCGGUGACAUGGCAGCCAUCCAAGGAAGGUGAUCAUUUAAUCGGCCGCAUCACUCUGACCAAGAGGACAACCAUGCCCAAAGAGGCCGGUGCCAUGCUCGGGUUAAAGGUGGUCGGUGGAAAGAUCACAGAGACGGGCCGACUCGGGGCUUUUAUCACUAAAGUAAAGAAGGGCAGCCUGGCUGACGUGGUGGGCCAUCUACGUGCAGGUGAUGAGGUGCUUCAGUGGAAUGGAAAAUCGUUGCCAGGAGCAACUAAGAAAGAAGUUUACAAUAUAAUUUUGGACUCGCAGUCCGAGCCCCAGGUGGAGCUGGUGGUGUCCAGGCCCAUUGGGGUGCAUAAAAGGCUUUAUGACAUACCAAGAAUCCCAGAAACAUCCCAUCCUCCAUUAGAAUCUACUCUUCCACACGCUCCAGCAGGUUCGAGCUCCUUCGAGUCCCAGAAGAUGGAGCGGCCCGUCAUCUCUAUCCUCUCCCCGUCCAGCCCCGGAGGCCUGCGGGACGCCCCCCAGACCCUGCCCGGACAGCUCUCAAUGAAGAUGUGGUACGAUAAGGUUGGACACCAGCUGAUAGUCAACGUUCUCCAGGCCAUCGAUCUGCCGGCCAGGCUAGAUGGUCGACCCAGGAACCCCUACGUCAAAAUGUACUUCCUGCCCGAUCGCAGUGAUAAGAGUAAAAGGAGAACGAAAACAGUGAAAAAGAGUCUGGAACCCAAGUGGAACCAGACGUUCCUAUACUCUCAUGUGCACCGGCGUGACUUCAGAGAACGUAUGCUGGAGAUCACCAUAUGGGACCAACCCAGAAUUCAGGAGGAGGAGAGUGACUUCCUGGGAGAGAUCCUGAUCGAGCUGGAGACGGCCCUGCUGGACGACAAGCCCCACUCGUACAAGCUGCAGAUGCAUGACGUCUCGUCCAUCCCCCUGCCCAACCCCUCGCCAUACCUCCCGCGCAGACACCUGCACCCCGACUCGCCCGCCAAGAGGCUACAACGAUCUCAGCGCAUCACAGAAACUGAUUAUGAUGAUGCUAUUGGCGUAGUGGCCACAGCUGUGGAGAACCGCUCGCGGGAUCGAGAGAGAGAGAUGGAGAGAGGAAGACAGAGGGACAGAGGGUCCACUAGCCUGGAGGUCCCUGGAGAUGCCCCGCGCCCCCCCCACCACCGCUCGCGCUCAGUGUCGCCCCAUCGAGAUGAGCAGAGCAGAGAGUGCUCACGACCCCCCCACGUCCCAACACAGAGGAGCUUGGAUGAAGGUCAUCACAACCGUCGCUCCCGAUCCCCUACCCGGUACCAGGACUACACCCGCGGUCACCAAGAGAGGGAAUACGUGGACGAAAGUGAGGUCAUCAUGAUGCACAGCUCGAUGCGUGGUAGAAGUGCCGAGUGCCUGCACACCGCAAGGAGCUCGUCUAAGUACAGUAGCUCUCUUCCUCCUAAGAUGCCUCUCUUAGUCAAUGGCAUCCAUAAGGAGUUCUACAGCUCAACUCUCCCUGCAUGCUUAAAGACCAAGUCUCGACUGAGGUCGAAUGGGGUCACUGCUACUCGCAGCACGAUUACUCACCGUGUGCUCAGGUUUACAGACGAGAUUACCAUUCGUGAUCUGCAGCCAUCUCUUGACAGGGUUAGGAGCGCUAGUGCCAACUGUCUGAGGCCAGAGUCUAAAUCCUAUUCGCCCGAGAGAGAAAGGACCACCCAGUCUCUUCCCCGCAUCAGACCUUCCAGUCCCAGGAUACUAAUCCAACAUGCCUCCCCCGAGGAUGACAGUUGGAUGCUGGAGCCCAUGUUCCCCACUCAGGAGACACAAAACCACCUGAGCGCCAGACCGGUGUUCCGGAGGCAACCAAGACCUCUGGACAAACCUAGCUGUCAGACACACGGCAAGAAACUCUCUGACAGUGACAGAAUACGGCCCACCUCUAUCUUAAGGGGCUCUCGAAGGAAGGGGGUCUCCCUGCCUCCUCUGGGUAAGGUGAUCCAUGGGGGGUCUACCCCUGGCUCGCCCCAUCUGGACAGCAGGACACAUCCACACGGAAGCCCUGCGUACACCUCCUCAUCCACGGGGACAGCAACGGCCACGCGCAGGGGCAGGCAGCUACCCCAGGUUCCCGCCAAAAGCAGCAGUGUAGAGCAAGCCCUCGCAGCAGAGGAGCGAGCUCGAAAGAUGAAAGUACAUUCCUAUAGAACGCCAGGCCCCUCCAGUGCCAGCCAGGACCUGGAGAGGGCGCUGAAGAGUAAACAAGAGCUUUACAAAGACCAGCGGCGGAGCUGUGACAACGUAUCCCACAAGUCCUCGGACAGUGAUGUCAGCGAUGUGUCAGCCAUCUCUCGAGCCAGCAGUGCCUCUCGGAUCAGUAGCACCAGCUACAUGUCCAUCCAGUCAGAACGGCCCCGAGGGAGACUCAGGUCUAAGUCUUUAGAGGGCUGUGAGGGGGAGGAGAGGAGAGAGAGGAGGAUAACGUGGAAAGUGAAUGGGACAGAUGACGAGCUGCUGGAAAGGCACUCGGAUGAAGGGGAGGAGAGUCGUCACAUGCGCCCGUCGGGCCGGAGCAUGCAGAAGAGCACGAGUGUGAGUGGCGAGAUCUACUCCAUGGAGCGCACCGACGGCAGCCAGUCGGACACGGCGCUGGGCAUGCUAGCCGACGGCAACGACGGUAGCGGCAAGAAGCGCCGCUCCAGCCUGAGUGCCCGUGUGGUCGCCAUCGUGGGCCUGCCAUCCCGCCUCAGCCGCAGCACCUCCCAGCUCAGCCAGACAGAAGCUGCCCAGAAGCAGCAGAAGACCAAGGGGAGUCAGGGUGGUAUCCAACGUAGCCAGGAGACGGGCAUGGCGGUGGAGUACCCGCGCAACGCCAUGGCCCGCCAGGCCAGCCGCGAGUCCACCGACGGCAGCAUGAACAGCUACAGCUCUGAGGGGAAUCUGAUCUUCUCAGGGAUGAGGCUCGGGGCUGACAGUCAGUUCAGCGACUUCCUGGACGGCCUGGGUCCUGGUCAGCUGGUGGGGAGACAAACCCUGGCCACGCCCGCCAUGGGAGACAUCCAGAUCGGCCUGAUGGACAAGAAAGGUCAGCUGGAGGUGGAGGUGAUUAGGGCCCGUGGCCUUACACCCAAACCAGGAUCCAAAAACCUCCCAGCUCCCUAUGUCAAGGUCUACUUGCUGGAUAACGGGGUGUGUAAAGCCAAAAAGAAAACCAAGAUUGCACGAAAAACACUUGACCCGUUAUACCAGCAAGCGCUGCUUUUUGACGAGAGUCCGCAGGGUAAAGUUUUACAGGUCAUAGUUUGGGGCGACUACGGGCGAAUGGACCACAAAUGCUUUAUGGGAGUUGCACAGAUCCUAUUGAAGGAGCUGGACCUUUCAAGCACAGUGAUUGGCUGGUACAAACUCUUUCCUCCUUCCUCAUUGGUGGACCCUACAUUAGCUCCACUUACCCGACGGGCUUCCCAAACAUCACUCGAUAGUUCUUCAGUGCCGCCAGGCGUUCGGUCCUAGUGAAGGGGGAGGCAGGAUCCCCUCUCCCACCCCCCCAGGUCUACCUAAGCGGACCAAGGACACACACCUGUGGCAACAAUCAGAGCCCUGAGAGACAAACCAGAAUCACGAUCAAAGCUUUCACUGGAGCCUGACAAUCACUUCUCCACCCCUUAUAUUUUGGUUCUCUUUGCCAUUUUUGUCUUUUCUCUGCAGGUCUGUCGAGGUUUGAUUUUAUUUUGUUUUUUGUUUUUUUGUUGCUGGCUUCAUUCAUGCUGAAUGUGACCUUGUUCCAUUCAGUCACCGUGCGGAAGGCGGGAACAGACUGUUUGUUGACUAAACAAUCAAACUGGUCAGUCAAAGUAGUGAUGGCUGACUCUUGGUCAACAGUGUCAGUGGCAUCAUCAUGUUCUUUCUUCCUCCUUGCCAUAUAAGGAGUGUGGGUGUGUUUGGGACAGUCAAGACAGGGCUACAGAAAGUGAGGCAGGCCACUGUAAGACUGAGAGACCCCUCCUUUCCAGGGGUUGUACCACAGGUCAAAGGUCAAUAGGCCCCCGUCCCCCUAUGGUAGAUGCUGAUCUUAACAAGUCUGUUUACAGAAGAUCUCUCCAACUGCUUUGCCUUCUCACUGUACUUGUAUCUUGGUACAGGGGCACACACACACAUAGACAAACCAUACAUACAUACAUACAUACAAACAUUGCGCGCACGCACACACACACACACACACACACACAUACACGCGUGGAAUGUGAAGACCUGUGUUAUGUUUCCUGACAUUUGUUUCCAAACAUAAGUAACAUACUGAGCAGUUAUGGGAAGCCUCUUCCGUAAGUUUUCUUUUUUGUCUAAUAAUCAGUCAUUCCCUUUUAGUUUUUAGAAUAUUGUGUUCCAAGUGCACACAAUAGUGUAAGUGCACUCGACCUUGCAAAGCCACUGGCCCUGGUCCUUCCAUAGGUUGUUGAUGUUCAGUCCAAGUUUCAGCAUAAACCACUUUCAGCUGUUGCCAUGGUAUCACAGAAUGGUAUCACAGUCACAGUGAUUUGGCAAUUGCCAAUCAAGGUCAGAUAUGAUUACAGGAAUGGUCCGCUGAUGAUCUUUUACAAUCCAAGAACAGUUUUGGUUUGUUUUGUUUUUUUUUGAUUUAAAGCAAGCGCAAGAGCUUGAUCUUUUCUUUUUGAGUAAUAGAAAAUUAUUGCAUUUUGAGAAACAGAUAACAGGCUAAAUGAAAAAGCUUGAUUUUGUCCCCUCUUCUUAAAGCCAUUUUCUUCAUUUUCGUUUUGUUGUAUCACGUGUUUCUCAAGAAUCAGCAUUCACACACAUAACCCCUCUCUCCUCAUCUAAAUGUGGCAGUAAAAUGCAGGUUGUGUUUAGACCAGAGUUUUGUCCAGAGAUCUUCUCGAUACAAAAAAGAGAUAAAAGACGACAAAGGCCACCCUCUCCUUCUCGCCAGAGGAGCCAGCAUGUCUCUGGAACGGUCCCGAACUGCAUGCACAUUUUGUAAACCAAGACGGAUGAGAAUUAAAAAAAAAAUAACAAGAGACGAACAUACUCGUGUGUUAGUUCCACAUACUGUAGGCAAGCUUGUGUGUUGCAUGCACCUGUACAGUUUGCUCGUAUUUAAUGAAUAGAUUAGCCAAUGAACUGAAGCCAUUCAUUUCACACGUGGACGUUUGGCCAGGUCCCAUCCUGCUCGUUGUCCCCUGCGUUGAGGCUCGGUGUCUUUGGGGGAACAUUUUUUUCUUAAAUGUUUUAUUUUUUAGAUUUCCUUUUUUUUUAGAAAAAAAAACAACAACAAAAAGAUAUCCCUGUUGAUGAUCAAAAGUGCUGUACUGUCUGCUGUACUCAGCAAACACAAGUCCCUCUGUGCGUAUGGAAGGUGUUGUUGUUGCUCUAGUUUACUACAGAGGGACUACAACAGACUUAUAGAAUAAUGUGUAUAAAAAUCCAGAGCUAUCUAUAUAUGGAGUAUAAUUAUGAUUAUACAGAAAAAAAUACAGGAUAGAGAAAUAUAUAUAUAAAGAUAUAUAUUUAAAAAAAGAGUGUAUCCAAGUUAAGAUCACCUAUACAGACACACAUGCACAUGCAGUAAUGUUGAUACGAGUCAGUGAUGUACUUGCUUGUAUUUACUCUGUGGCCCAGUCAAUCUGUGGAUCAGCAAUCUGUCACCUCGGUCCGUUGAUCGGUACCAAGGCCACUAAGGGACACCUUCAGAUCUUUCCUUUCCUCCUCUCACUCCUCUUUCUCGCCUCUUUCACUCUAUCUUUUUUUUGUUUUCCUAAACACGGUAACAAUUCAAAUGUUAAACAUAGGAAAUUGGACUGCCACCAAUCUAUUUUGCUUUAUUAGUCUCCCUAUCCCCUUAACACUUGGUUAGAAAACAAACAAACAAACAAACAAAUAAACAAGCUCACACGCUUCAUAUUUAACCAAUGAUGAGUUUACUUUGAUGUCCGUCGAGGCUGACUACUUUCCUUUGUCAGUAUUAUUUAAGAAUACUGAUUGUUUACAAAUCAUGUGUUCCACUGAAACAGAAUAGAAGGUAUUCACUGCAACAUUUCUUGUUUGUACAACAGAUGUGGCUCAAAUGAUGUGUAUGUUUUAUAUUCAAGAGUUCAUUUUUAUUAUUUACAAAUAAAAGAAUGUGUGGAAGAGA